AUGGAUAUAAUUAGGUCUAUAAAUAGUGCUUGCUUUCUGCACCGCAUGUUUAGGACACUGCUGAUUAAUGCAUACUUAUUUUCGACGCGCCUGUCAGGGGGUAAUUGCACUCAACAUGGAGGAUGGUACCCUUCAUCGUUUCCUUUCAACAAAUGCUAUUUUAGCAACAGGACUCAACAUGGUUAUGGCAGAGGUUACUUCUCUGCUAUUUCACCUCACACAUGUACUAGUGAUGACAAUGCUAUGGUUGCACGUGCUGGGUUACCCCUUCAGGAUCUUGAGUUUGUGCAGUUCCAUCCUACAGGCAUUUACGGUGCUGGAUGCCUUAUAACCGAAGGUUCCCGGGGCGAAGGUGGUAUUCUUAGGAACAGCAAAGCUGAGAGGUUCAUGGAACGAUAUGCCCCUACCGCCAAUGAUCUGGCAUCUCGUGAUGUUGUUUCUAGAUCUAUGACUAAUUGA